CAGGAGAUCAGUAGCGUACGGACGCGCGAGAGGUGCACGACGAGGGUGCGUGCGUGGGGUGUGUGCGCAUAGAGGGUGAGUCGCGAGUGAGCGAGGGCAAGUGAGAGCAAAACUGCCCCUCCUCCUCCUCUACCCCCGGCGCUGCGGGAAAAACUCGCUUCAGCAUGCAACCACCGCCGAGAAAAGGAAACUACGCGAAAUUUCUGAAGAAUGUGCACACAGAGCAGGCGGCAAAAUUGCAGGCAAAAAAUCAGCACGAGUGCGAUCUUCUAGAAGAUGUACGUAAUUUCACGAUAAAAAAGUCUGCCAUCGAAAAAUCCUAUUCAGAGGCGCUACUCAAAAUAUCAUCUGCAUAUUUAAAUAAGAAGAUACCGAACAUACCAGAUCUCAAAGUCGAUGGAGCAGAAGAGAAAUGGAACAUGUGGAACGUAUGGCGAACUGUGCUGGAGGAGAAUGAGAAGCUGGCGCGUGCACGCCUCGCUGCUGUCGAGGUCUUCCAGCAGCAAAUCGCCGAUGAUGCUAAGGGCCUCAAGAUGCACAAAUUACAAAUCUCUAAGAAGGCAAUCGACCAAUUACUGAUAGUACAAAAGGAGCUCCAAACAUGCGUACAGGAUGUCGACAAAACGAAGAAAUUGUACUUUGACGAGGAACACAGUGCACACGAUGUGCGCGACAAAGCAAAAGAUAUUGAAGAAAAACUGAAGAAGAAGAAAGGUUCUUUCUUCCAGUCGAUAACGUCUUUGCAGAAAAAUAGCGCCAAGGUGAGUUCGAAGCGAGACGCUUUAGAAGAGAAAUCAACUGGUGCUCGCAAUGAUUAUCUAUUAGCCCUCGCUGCAGCUAAUGCCCAUCAGAACCGAUAUUUUGUAAUCGAUUUACAGACCACCAUGCAGUAUUUGGAGCAAGGAGUUUAUGACAAAGUAGCUGAAUACUUAACGCUGAUGGGACGCACAGAACUACUUACUUGUUUAGCCACUCAAAACAGCUUCGGAAAGAUUCGCGAUCAAGCUCAGCAGCUCACGAGGGAAUACAAUAUCCAAUGUUGCUGUUUGUACUAUCCCGUUUUGAAGCAACACAUUCAAUACGAAUUCGAGCCUUGCGAUAGCGAUCCGGUAGAAAGGAUAACUGCCGAUCAUGCAGCGGCGUCGGCAUUGGGCAAAGAAGCGCGUCGCUGGUCGACGAAAAUUGCCCGCGAGGUUAGCAGCGUUCGUGAAAAUAAUCGGAAACUUCAAGUAUUAUACCAACUUAAAGAUGCUGGUCAGAAGACUGAUCCGAACGAUCCUAAUGGUCCAGAUUUAGAUACUAAAAUUGAUGAAUUAAAACACGCUGUUCGACGAGCGGAGACAGCGAAACUUAAGGCAGAAGCGAGGAUAGAAUGUCUUCGACACGGUGGAGUGAACGUAGACGAAUUCUUACAAGAGGCUGAAACACUCAGUGUUCAGGACAUGCCGCGUUCGGCCAGUUCUCUCUCCGUUCGAACAGAUGCAUCUGGUGCAGCGGAACAUCCGUCAUCGGACUCAUUCUACGAUAGCGACGUAAGUGAUUCUGCGCAAAAUCCCGACGAGCUUUCCAUCGUGGAAAGCGAACAAUUGGAUGUGGUAGGCGAAGGCGACGGUGAUGGAUGGUUAAAAGCAAGAAAUUACCGAGGAGAAGAAGGUUUCGUUCCUCAGAACUAUCUCGAUGUAGAAAGGGAGCCCGAGACCACCACCGGUCUUACUUCGCAAGGUCCAAGUCUGGUCCAGCAGAUUUCCUUCUCAUCCGUUGACUAUACCAUUGACGAUCACGACGCCGUCGACCCCGAUGCUACUUUGCAAAGUGCCGCUUCGGAAGCCAUAAUACAAAACCACGUUGGAGAAAUGGAACAAUAUUGCAUCGCGCUUUACGAUUACGACGCAACGUGCGAUGAGGAGCUAAGCUUUUUAGAAGGCGACAUCGUCAAAGUAUUAAAAAAAGAACCACACGAUGUAGACGACGGUUGGUGGGAAGGUGAGUUGAGAGGUCAGCGAGGCCUCUUCCCCUCUCUCGUCGUGGAACCUUGCGGUCUGGACGGAUGUCCUCUGACCCCACAGGAGAAUAUAACACCACCGAGUUCCGCGCCACCAGUCUUUACUCCACCAGAAAUUGCGCCAGAAUUUUUACUAGAAGAUGAGUUUGCUCAAAUAGACGAAUCGCAAGAAGAAAAGCCAAUGGUGAAUGGUGAUAGUGGAUUCAUGAUAAAUUUGUCUCAAGACCAAAAGGAUCAAUACGGUUCACAAUUUGGGGACGAGAAGUCGGAUGAAACGCCAGGUAUAUUAGUCGUGGAGAUAUCAGAUGAAUCGGGUGAUAAGACGGAAAAGGAUCCUAAAUCUGGUGAAGAUCUCAAAUCUGCUAACCAAAAAGAUGACUUCGGUCUUGGAGUAGCUCAGAUUGUGAUUACAGCCGCAACUCCGAUGGAAGAGACCGAACAUCCUUUCCCUGGAGUAGAAGAAACUCCAGAAGGCUCGGCAAAGUCUGCAGAAGUCUCCGAAACCGAGCCUGAAGCUUCCGAGCCUGCGGCUUCGGAUCCGAAUGAAAGCGAAUGUAAAGAAGAAGAAGAGCCAACAGUUAUUUUGGACGAGAAAGAAGCAGAAGAAGCUGAAGAAAAAUCUACAAUUGAUGAACUUCCAGCUGACUCGGCACCGUUUCCAAUCAGCAGUAGUUCUGGAAGCGAAGCAGAAUCAACAUCUGGUCCCAGCACUAACGAAAAUUCUCAGUCAAGGGGAACAGUGGUAGAAGUGACAGAAGAAGUCACAGACGUUAUGGAAGAAGAGGAAAUUGCGCCAGGAAAAAUGCUGAUAGGAGGAAGAGCCAGCAUUCCAGAUGAGCUGCAGCCGGACCAACUGGAAAAAUUGCAAUCGCUCAAGGAAUCGAACGCCUAGGGCUGACUAGGCCCCGGGGUCCACAAGGGCAGAAUCAUCUUGCCUGACGGCCACCCCGACAACUUCCGACACUUGCUAGACUUCUGGAGAUCACCUGAGGUGCUAGGCAAAAAAGACUAACUGUAAUAAACUCACACUAAGACUCUAUCUGAAAUUCAUAAGGUUCUUAUGGUGAUCGAGUAGUGGUGGAAAUAAAGAUGAUUGAAAUUGUGAUUGAA